UCCUGCAUCUUUUUGCUGAAAAGCUGAGCGAUCGGCGACUGAGUGACGGUCGAGGCAGUGGAUUCUUUGUGUGUCCCUUUGUGUUCUCUCAUGGGAAGGCCAGUGUGGGUAGAAGGUAGCAGCAAUCGAAAGCAAAGUAAUUGCGGCGCAGAGAAUCUUGCCUGCUGCUGAGACUGACCAACUUGAUUCGAAAGAUAGCGAACCAAACUGCGUCUAUUGACAAUGGCGUCGACCACGAAUGAUCGUCUCACUAGGGCCACUCCGUUCUACACCAUGAACCUUGUCAAUUCGGCACUGUUUUCCAUCUUGCCAGGGAUCUAUGUAGUUGCUUCGCUCCUGUACGGUUUGGUGUUUGGAGCUCCCAAGAUCAAUUUGGUAAAGACGGCACAAGAAGAAUCCUCAUCCAAUCCACGUCGAACAGCAGUGAUAACAGGGAGCAACGCUGGCAUUGGUUUUGCAACGGCCCGUCAGUUGGUGUUGCACCACAAUGUGGAUGUUAUGUUGGCGUGUCGGUCGCGGGACAGGGCCAUCCAAGCUGCCGAACGCAUCAAUGCAGAAGCGCAAGUGACACCAGGAGUCUUGUCCAGAGCUGUAUUCUUGCACCCCUGUGAUUUGAGCAGCCUGGCAUCGGUUCGACAAUUCGCCACGGCGUUGAAAGAAAAGUACGAUACCUUGGAUAUUCUCAUUUGCAAUGCCGGUGUCAAUUCCAGUGUCGUCGAAGGAAACAGAACUGUGGAUGAUUUGGAACUGAUUUUCCAAUGCAAUGUGCUGGGCCAUUUUUUGUUGAUCCAAUUGCUACUGGAUCUCUUUCCAAAAGAGUCGGGACGGAUUGUGACACUAUCCUCUGUAGCACAUCAUUUGGUACCCAGCACGGCCUCGUUCGAUGAGAGCUAUUGGCGACAAUUGGCGGAAGGUUCUGCUGGUGCCAUCCCUGUACCAUACUUGGGAGCUCUCAUUGAGGACUCUGUGCAGACCUAUCCGCCCUCCAAAUUGGCAGCCUUGCUAUUGGCAGUGGAAUUGAACCGACGCUUUUACGAUUCUGGUGAUGAUAAGAACACAAGACAAAUACGGGCAUUUGCAGUGAAUCCUGGAGCUGUGGCCAGCAAUAUCUGGAGAAGCUUCCCAUGGAUUGCUCAGAUGGUCAUGCAACGAAUUUUCCUCUCGACCGAUCAAGGAUGCGCCACAACAGUGGCAGCGGCUGUAGGCGAACAUGACAAGGAUGUCCUUUACUUACAGCCAUACUGGCUCCCGGGGUCCAGCAACAACAAGGCACCGUUUCCAGUGUUCGAAAUGAUGGGUCCUUUCGUGGGAUACAAUGUUACCCAGCCCAGACUGCCACUGGAUGGAGGUGUCUUUGCUGCAAAGUCGCUAUGGAAUGUAUGCGAAGAAAAGAUCAUUGGAUGCACGAAGGAAUAGAUUGCUAAAAGCGGGUGUCCCAAUGGGGGGCUACACCUACGGAAACGGGGGAAUUCUACACUGCAUAAAUAGAUUUGAUAGCCAAAGCAUAGCUCAUCUAGAUGGCACGCUGCAAACA